ACAUGACUAACCUGCAUGCAAAAAACAUGACGACCUAAAUUAAAGCCAACACCCCCAUUGCUCUACAGUAAAAAAGCAUACCUUCCUCUGUUGCCUUCACUAAAAUUUUUCCCUUUUUUUCCUUCUCUUUUUCCCUCACUUUCCCUUUCUAUUUUACCCUUCUGCUCUCUAAAAUUCCAUCAUUCCCGCACUCACACAACACUAUUCUGGCUCUCCCAACUAUGGAAGCUUUUAGCUUGCUCAAGUACUGGAGGGGAGGAGGUGGUUUGGGGGUUGUUGGUGGUGGUGGGGGUGGCGGCGUGAGCGGGAGUGGGGGUGGAGGUGGAGGUGGCAGUAGCGGAGAUGGUUCUGCUAAUCCCCUGACUGCCUCUCUAACCACCACUAUUGUCACCGCAGUUAGUACCCAUCAAGCGGUGGAUACUGAUGAAGAUGAUGAUGAUGAUGAUGGUGGUGGUGGUGGUGAUGAUGGGCCUUUCUUUGAUUUGGAGUUCGCGGUUCCUGAUGAAGACGAAGCAGAGGAGGAAACAGGGGAGAACGAUGAGAAGAAUGAACAAGAGAUUAACGGAGAGGAAGGAGAGGAAGAGGAAAACGAGGCGGAGUCUGACGGUGAGAGGGAGUUUAACUUUACGCUUUCGUCUGGCUCGAGCAACGACCGCUCCGACCCGAGUCUUGCGCUCUCGCCAUCAGACGAUUUGUUCUUUAAAGGGAGGCUGGUGCCGAUUGAACCCAACUCCUCGCUGGACUCGAAGCCGUCCCAAUUUCCGGUGUCUCUGCUGAAGUCGGCCACCAAGUUUCGUGUUUUCCUGUUGAGGUUCAAGAAAUCAAAAAAUGCCAGCGAGAAAACAGAGGCUACAAAUGGGUCUCCCGCUGUUGUGGAUCCGAAGAAACGGGACGGAACCCAAGAAGAGAACAACAAUGGAAGCAACAGGAACAAGUUUUUUACGGUGAAAUUUAAGGUGGAGGAGGUUCCGAUUGUGUCUCUUUUCACCAGAGACAACAGCAAGUCUCUGAAGCAGCAGACCGCCGAGGAAUCUGUUUCCGACGAGAAGAAAUUCUCCAAAGAUGUAAUGCAGAAGUAUCUGAAGAAGGUUAAGCCGCUUUAUGUUCGGGUUUCCAGACGGUACGGGGAGAAACUCCGGUUUUCGGGUCAGUUAAACCUGGGCAGCUUAAAGCCCAUAGCCCCAUCGUCAACGGCGGCGCAGAAACCGCCAUCUGCAAAGUCCACAGCGGAGAAGGCGCAACCAGAGGCAGAAGGCAGUGAUAAUCCGACGAACAUGAAGAGCCAAAAACAAGGGAAUAUCCCGGCUGGACUGAGAGUGGUGUGUAAGCACUUGGGAAAGAGCAGAUCGGCUUCCUCCGUUGCAGCGGCGCCAUCCCCCGUUCUGUCCCAGAGGAGAGACGAUUCACUGUUGCAGCAACAGGAUGGAAUCCAAAGUGCCAUUUUGCACUGCAAAAGGUCCUUCAAUGGCUCCCGAGAUUCAGAGUCUUCAACGUUGCCAAGGUCUGUCAGUGAUCCGUCCCAUGAAAAGUCCAUUGAUUUGUCAAGAAAUGAAGGAAAAGAAGAGAAGAAAGACUGAUGCUUUGAAUCUCUGCUACUGCAAGGUUCAGCUCAACAAUCCCAAAAAGGAAAAAGCGGGAAAAUUUCAUAAAUGAUGUACAAUGGAAUGGAUUGAUCUCCAAGAACCAGAAAUUGAAUUAUCCUUUGUAGAAAGCUCAUCUUUUUUUUUUUUUGUUGUAUGUAUUAAACUAAAUUAAAUUAAUGCGAAGAAGAAUCAGAUCCUU